AUAAAUCAACUGAUCAGUGGCCAACUACAUUACAGCAAAUGUGUUUUAUUCAUUCAGUCCAUGCAUCUUUAAGAACAAGAAAACGGCCUCCAGACAGCACAGCACACAAAUGAUGACAGUAGUUUUGACGCGUUUCAGUGCUUGUGCAGGAAUGUGAGUCUCCGUCUGUCUGUGUGUGACAUGCAUCUUUAAUGUCUUUGUGUUUGCACGCUCAGGUGGAUUCCAGCAGUAGUGCAGGUGUCACAUAUACACCUGUUGCUAAGACACAUGAACCAGCUUCAUAUGACACUGUUAAACUGUGUGUAGAAGAAAGAUGAGGGCUGAUGAAGACACCAGUGUGCACAGUCUCUCUCUGGAUUCCCUCAGCUUGACCGACUGUGAGGAUCCACAUGAAGUGAUUCUGGAGGAUGAAGGCGACCAAGAGCCGGACGCUCGUGGUAAGGACCCGUUUCCAUUAGGCUCGUUCCUCCCCACCUGUUCCUUAUCCCAGCUGAAGCUCAUCAGGAAGGAUCUGUCCACUGAAGAACUGUAUCUGCAGGCCUGUAAGCUGCUGAGGGUCGUUCCUGUCAGAUUCUUCCUCAGAAACCUGGGCUCUGCCUCCAUUAACCUCAACCAUCAUGGACUCGGUCCUCUUGGAGCAAAAGCCCUGGCCAUCGCUCUCGUGACAGACAUGCACACCACAACCCUGGAGCUGGCAGACAACUUCCUGUUAGCUGAAGGAGCCAGAUAUCUCAUGGAGAUGCUGAGGGCCAAUUUCACCAUCCACAAUCUUGAUCUCUCUGACAAUAACCUUCAGUCUGCUGGAGCCGAGUGUGUCGCAAAGAUGCUUCUGGAAAACAUUUCCAUUAAAUCCUUAAAACUGUCAGGGAAUAAGUUUGCUGAAGAUGAUGCCAAAUGGUUUGCAGAUGCGCUUGCUAGCAACUACAGAGUGAAGGAGCUGGAUUUGAGUCACAAUCAGUUCUGCGGCAGAGGCGGAGAACACCUGGGUCAGAUGAUAGCAAAUAACGACGGUUUAGAAGUUCUUGAUCUGAGCUGGAAUCAUCUGCGAAUGAAAGGAGCUGUAGCUUUCUGUGCUGGACUGAAGGUCAACACCACUUUGAAACACUUAGACCUCUCGUUUAAUGGCUUUGGAAAUGAGGGCGCUUUGGCUUUGGGUGAAGCGCUCAAGUUCAACAAUACGCUUGUGCAUCUGGACCUCAACAACAACCGCAUCAGCGAUGAAGGAGCAAGCCUGCUGUGUAAGGGACUGGAGGCCAACGACACGCUCAGAGUUCUUCAGAUGGCGUAUAACUCAUUGACAGUGGAGGGAGCUCUUACUUUGAUCAAUGUGGUCAAGAACACACCCAAAACUGCCAUCGAGGAGAUCAAUAUAUGCAAUGUGCUGGUGAAUGAGAACUUCGUGCAGCUCUUGGAGCUGAUCUGUCAGGAGCAUCCCGGUCUGGAGGUGCAGUAUGGAGGCGUUGGAGGCUUCAUCGCAAAAAAGCCUCGCAAACGCAUUGACCCCAUGAAAGUCAUUCAGGAUUACCUUGAUCAUCGCAAGCUUCGCCUGUGGGACUUCUUCCGUAACAUCGACAAGGAUGGGACUAUGCGUGUUCCUGUCGUAGACUUCAGGAAAGCCGUUCAGCAAUCCAGCAUCCCAUUGGAGAAGUUCCAGAUUGAGGAGUUGAUUCAGAGACUGGACAGAGACCGAACAGGCAUAGUGGACUACAGAGGCCUGGCAGAUACUAGGAAACAGAUGAUGCGAGACCACCGGCGCCAGUUGCGUAAAGUGGAGUCGCGGCAGAAGAAGGAGAAGCAGAAGAGCGACAGGAUCCUUAAAACAUUUGAGAGUGCCGUAGAGGCCGUCACUCCACGGAGCUCCAUGAUAAUAUCACCAGGUGCUGCCAAAGAGGACUCCAGCGGCCUCCAGCCAUUCUCUGCCACCCCGCUCAGCUCCUGGCACCAUAUAAUCAUGUCCAACAGCAGCCGCUACUCUGUCAAUAACAUGAGCAGUGAGCAUGUGCAUCUUCCCAUGAUAGGGAACGCCUCGAGCUCAACAGGCAUGCGCUCGUAUUCCCAGCCCAAUCUUUUCGCCAGCAUCCCUAAACCAUCCAGCAGCAAACCUGCUUCUGCCCAGGGAAUACACUCGAGGUCCAACCCGAGCGUGUCCAGCAGUAAACUCAGCCCCACAGCUAACCUGACCAGAUCCAGGCCCGCAUUAAACACUGAGCCAAACAGUAAAACAAAAGGUAAGGGGAAGAAAAAGAAGACCAAGAAAAGAAAAGAAAAGAUAUAACACCAAAUGAACAUGGUGUGCUUGUGGUGAAGAUUUUCAAUAAAUAAGGAUUUUGUCACAAUGUUCAGGGAGGUUUUUAAUGUAUCUGAUAAUGUUUUUCUGGAUAUGAGAUGAACAUCUUCUACAAAAGAAAAUGGAAAAAGGAUCAACUCCAAAUCUCUUAUGACGUUUUUUUAGUAAAUGAAAAUAAAAUUGCAAUCCAUGCUUUAAUAUUUUUAGCCAGUCAACUAUAUCUUAUCUGCAAAAAGUUCAAAACUCAGCUGCUAGGCUCUUAAUGGUUAUUAUAAAACAUAAAUAUAUUACUCCUACACUCUUAAAAAAUAAAGCUGCUUCAAAAGGUUUUUCAAGCAAUGCCAUAGAAGAACCAUGUUUGGUUCCACAUAGAACCAUGCAGUCAAAGGUUCUUUAAAGAACCAUCUUUUUCACCGUUUUACAAUCUGAAGAACCUUCUUUCACCACACAAACCCCUUUGUGAAACAGAAAGGUUCUUCAGAUGUUACAGGUUCUUUUUGAAACCAUUUAGACAGAAAGGUUCUUCAAUGGCACAUUUAUUUUUAAGAGUGUACCCUGGUCUCCAAGCAUUGGCUUUCAGUUUAUUAUAGGAUUGAUUUUUUAAAUGUCUUUUAUUGGUGUACAAAUACUUGCUUGGACUCGCACCGUCUGUCUAUCAGAACUCUCAAUUAAAUAUCAGAUGGACGAAGUUUGAGAUCAAUUUUCUUACUUUGUCAAUUAUAUUGUAUCAGUUUUCUGUCUUAUAUUCAUGUAUGUACUAUUUUUGCUGUUUUAUUUGCAUGUAAACACCGUGGAAAUUAUUUGUC